CCUGACACAUUCAUAAUUCAAGUGCUUAAAGAACGCCUCACUCAAUAUGACUGUACUACUCUUGGUUGGGUGCUGCAUGGUUAUCCACGCUCCAAUCACCAGGCUAGCCUUCUAAAUUCCGCUGGACUUGAGCCAGAUCGUGUGCUUAUGCUCGAUAUUCCACACACCACAGGAUCUGAACGGCUUUCUGGUCGUGCGGUCGAUGCCGUAACCGGGCAGCGAUAUCACAACUUACAUGACCCACCACCAACAUCCCAAAACCCUACAAGUUCUGAGGGAAGUAGAUCUGAUGAUAUCAGAUCAAACCCUCGAAUUGUGCAGGCUCCAGAUGACCGUGAGUGUGAGGUCGGUGGCCGAUUAGCCUGUUAUGCAGCACACCGAGAUGAAUUGAUCUUCUUCUACGGAAACACCUUGCAGCGGAUAGAUGCAGACCAAGAUGUUCACACAGUUUUUGAGGAGGUUGAGGCUAGAGUUGUUAAUCCUAUACCACGUCGAUUAAUUAACUAG